AGUGGAACUUACGUAUCAACUUCCUAAUGAUUUUUCAAAGCCUUAACCUACAAAUUCAAUGUUCCAUUUUGUUCAAAGUCUUUUUGUUCAAACCCAUGAGCCACCACUUUCAUGAUUAUAUAAAUCGUUUGAAACACUGAAACUACUCAGGCGAUUCCAAGGUGGUAGCAGAUACAGAGAAAUGGGCGACACAGUUCAUAUUGGUGGCAGAGAAAGCAGGUGGUUUCUUCAUGGAAUGACUGCUCUUGUAACCGGUGGCACUAAAGGGAUUGGGCAUGCAAUUGUGGAGGAAUUGGCGGGAUUUGGGGCAGUUAUUCAUACAUGUAAUAGGCACGAAUAUGAGCUCAAUGAAUGCUUAAGCCAAUGGGGGAUGAAGGGCUUUCGAGUUACUGGUUCUGUCUGUGAUGUUUUGUCUCCAACAGAUCGAGAAAAGCUAAUAAACAAGGUCUCUUCUCUGUUUAAUGGGAAACUUAACAUCCUUAUAAACAAUGUCGGAGUGGGUGAAAGGAAACCAACAGAAGAGUAUACAGCAGAAGAUACAUCAUUUCUAAUGGGUACAAAUUUUGAUUCUGCUUACAACAUUUGCCAACUUGCACAUCCUCUUCUGAAAGCUUCAGGGGCAGGAAGCAUUGUCUUUGUGUCUUCUGUGGCUGGUGUCUUCGCAGUAAAUGUUGGAUCCUUAUAUUCUUCAGCUAAAGGUGCAAUAAACCAGCUAACAAAAUAUUUGGCUUGCGAGUGGGCAAAGGACAAUAUAAGGUCUAAUUCGGUUGCACCUUGGUUUAUCAGAACGCCCCUUGUUGAACGGGAAAUGAACAACGAAGAAUUUAUCAAACUUGUGAAUUCCCGGACUCCAGCUGGCCGUGUUGGAGAGCCAAAAGAGGUUUCGUCGUUGGUAGCAUUUCUAUGCUUACCUGCAGCCUCUUACAUAACUGGACAGACUAUUUGUGUUGAUGGAGGAGUAACAGUGAAUGGUUUCUUCCUUCCUUGAAUAGUAUUCAAAAUAGAACCAUGAGUUCAUGAUUCUAGUUCUGAAUUAUUGUACCAGUCCAAAAAGAGAACCAAAACCAAUAUGCAUAAUAAGCAAAGCACUAUGUAAUAUUCCAAGACAGACAUUAUUUCUUCAUAUUUGCUGGGUAGUAUACUAAAUUCUAUAUUUUCUUCACUUAAUAGAAUCUGAUUCAUGAA